AUGGCUCCCGCCCCUUCCCCUCCCGACGUCUCGCCUUCCACCAGCCCCGCACCGGAGAUCAUCCCGAUCCCGGCGGACACCUCCUCCUCCUCCCCCUCAAAGGCGGCGGUUUCCCCCUCCCCCUCCUCCUUGCCUCUUCACUCUGCUCGUGGCCGCUCAAAGCAGGAGCGCUGGAGCGAUAGAAGCCCGCCUUCCUUCCGCGACAUCGUCCUGAGGUCGGUUUCUCCCGAAGCGUCGGGGGCGGCUGGUUCGGCUACCUCGGUUGCUGGUGUUGUGCCCGUUGAGAUGGCUAGGAACACAACGGCGGUGGCGGUGGCCUGCAACAGUACCAAGAUCGUCCUCCUCCAUCGGGCUCCUGGGCGACGCGGUUCCGGUGGACCGCGCGUUGCCUGUCGCACAGAUUUGAAUGGCUGGCAGAGGUUUGAAUCGCGGAGCACCAGGCAGCGGCGGCGCAAGGCGGCUAAUCCACGACGUCCGGUUCCCGUCGACCUUACUGGCAAAUGCUUCAAUUGCUUCUCCGCCUCGCACACGGCUGCCCUGUGCCGUCAGAAGACCCGCUGCUUCCUCUGCCACGCUUUAGGCCAUCGCACCUACAAGUGCCCGAGCGUGGCUGGUGGUGGUGGCGGGGUUCGAUCAGGGCCUCGUCGUCCUGCUGGCCAGCAACGGCCUCCCCCGGCAGAAGCUGCUCCCCCGCAACGGCCUCUUCCGGGGGGUGUGGUGAGCAGUGUUCAUGAGGGACAGCGCCCUGAAUUGACGGAAGUGGCGAGCGGUGAUCAUGAUGGGCGGCGUCCUGAAUCUAGCCAGGGCACGAGGUGCCAUCGAAGAAGGCCGCGCUGUCGUCAACGACCAAAUCAGGGCCUUGAUGGCUCCCCUCCGGCGGCUGAACGUUCACCGGAGGUUGUCUCUACUGCCACUCCAGAUGCUGCCCUGGAAGCUGCGAGACCCCUCCCAUGCAUCAUUGAUUGGAGUGACUGCAUUGCCAAGGCAGAGGAAGACUUGGCUCAUGCAGUGAUCGUCACAGUAAUCGGGUCCAGUCCCUUGGCCAGAGUAGAUGAAGUGGCAGCUGUGAUUGCGUCUAGGCUUGAACUCGAAGCUGCCUCUUUGGUCCUCCGUCGUGCCUCCGCUUCAAGUUACUUGAUGGUCUUCCCUAACACUGCCUUGGUUGAGAGUCUGUUGGGGCUUGCGGCAACCGCUUCGCUCACAGGGGCUCAGUCUGCUUUGCCAACGGUGGACACGUCAAGCCGGCGCAGCAGGAAGGGUGCUUCCAUGUUUGGUCGACCUGGAGCUCUUUGGUAUCCCCGCUCAUGUCUGGGAAACGUCUACAGUGGAACAGUUCUUGAGCCCUCACGCUUGGAUUCAACAAGUUCAUCCUGCUGUGAAUUUGGUGGAUCUAUAUCCCUUCCGAUGUUUGGCCUGGUGCUUGGAUCCCUCUGCAAUUCCAACAGCUAA